AUGGCAAACUACAAGGACAUACCAACUGAAGUCUACUGUAUCAUAUUUCAGUAUUUAUCGAAACAAUCUCAGUAUCAAUGCAUGUUUGUAUGCAAAUCAUGGCAUGCAACUGCUGCACAGAUCUACUUUUCUGAAUUCCUGCUGCCAUUACAUCGGCCCAAGAAAAUAUCAGGAUUGCUCAACUCGCCCAGCAUUGCUGUCUGCAUUCGAACACUGAAAAUACAAGGAUUACAGAGCCACCAACGGUCGUUUGGGAGACAAGAAUUACGCCAAUUGAUUGGAAAUAUGCCGUAUCUGAAUAGACUUUAUUUUGACACGAAUGAUACACAAGAACAUCUGCAGACGUUAUCUCAAAUCUCACUAAAUCAACUGCGAAAUGUUAAGGAGAUCCGUAUCGGCCAACAUGGUACCAGCAGCGAUAUUGAGCGUCUGUACAUUCUGAACAAUAUGCGGUUAUGCGGCAACAUUGAAUAUUUACGACUGCAAUACCUUCGCAUCUCUUUCGAAGCUAAUCGGCGGAAUUUGAUCCAAUAUUUGGUACACUUCAAAAGACUCAAGCAACUUGUUCUCAUGAACAGUGUAAAGAAUGGUGGCAUAGCCAAUCUGGAUCUUGCAUCUGUUGCUUCAGUCUGCCCGUAUCUAGAAAAAUUGGACUUUCGGUCGUAUUUUCCAGCCCUGAUGAGAAGAGAAACACAGCCAUAUCAACUCAAGUAUCUGAAGAGUCUGACACUGGGAAUCCCUGAUAUCAAUAAUCAUUACUUGACGGAGUUGAUGUCUUGCAUCACCUUCUCAACUCUGGACUCACUAACAUUGGAAUUAUACGAAGCCUCUUUGAAGCAUUGGGUUGACGAUCGUGUGUUUGAAUCAAUGAAAACAUUUACUAGGCAUAUCAGUUUCCUCAAAAAGGUCAAGAUUAGCAUAGUGACAUUACCAGAGAGAAUGACAUUGGCGAGUUUGAUGCUGAGAGAGGCGACGAUAUCAUUAUGGGAAAUCAUGAAUAUUCUUCGAAAUAAUCGGCCGCUAUUUGGUUGCGUGGUGAUUGAUUUGGAUAACGUUCGUUUCAACCGGCUGAACCCGUGCAUUGAAGUAAUUGAUGGCCAAGCUAUCAAGUUACGGACGUGCUUGUCGUAUCCUAAUAUUGCUAAUAGCAACAACAGUUUUACCUGGGAUCCCUUCUUUUGUGCCAAUACUCUCAAUCAUGGUCUGCCUUUUAUCAACUCAUUGUGCGUGGAUUUCACAUUAUUCUAUUCUAGAAGCCUGAGACGGAUGAUCCAACUACUGGAAUGCUUGUUAUCGCGUUGUCAUUCGCUCAAAUACCUUUAUAUUGGAUCCAAUGUUUCGUCAAUGCUCUUUUGUCCUGUAGGCACCUCGCCAUCAUCACUUGAUCGUCCCUCAAAUGCCGAAUACAAGGCCAAAUGCAUCGAUACCAGCACACCCGUUACAGCCAGCACCAAAGAGAAUCUGAAAUGCGCGUCUUUUGAAAGCAUGCAAAUAUCAUCCUACUUGUUGCAAGUGAUGUCCAUCUUGUUGAAUGUCCAUACAUUGAAAAUCAGUCGUUGCUAUUACGACAGAGAUAUCUCGGGUGCUAUCGUGCUGAACCUUCAAGAACUCCUUUAUAUACCACGACUCGAGCUAACACUUGACUUUUGGGAUCAAGCGAGGCAAAUUUUUCCUCUACUAAUCAAGAUACAAAUGGCACAAGAUUAUACUUUAUACUAUCAAUGUGGCCCUCAACAUCAACGCAUUAUAUCCUCUUUGAACCAGCCGUCCAUCGAUGAUAUUUUCGAUUAUAACAUUGUUAUCCAUGUCAAAUGUCAACGUGUGGAUGCUGUAUCAUUGUACAAUGCAAUGGAUAGUAAUUUUGCAGUUUUCGAGCCGUGGUCAGAUUAUCUGUCUUAUAUAAGCAGCGGGGAAGCAGUCUAG